AUCCAUUUACGAAUCCACCACUCCAAUUGGAGCUGGAUUAAACAGAUUUGAUAAAUUGCCACCUCUACUUGUUUAGUUACAUAUAUGCUAUAUGAUUAUAUGAACAACAUACUGGAUGGAUUAGAUGAGAUUAAUGAAUUUGAUACAAAAUUGCCACCUCUACUUGUUUAGACAUAUAGCUAUAUGAACAGUAAACGGAGCUUCGUAAUAGUUUUUGUUAUUGUUUGUUGGUUGUAUAACAAGGGUCACAAUUGUAACUACGAUUUGCCACAACACGGUUUCGCUUUGAUUCUAACGUUUGGAUAAUGUGUUGUAUAGCAAAUGUUCUCCUUCACUCAAAGUAUGCUGUUGGCUCAAUGUUAUUUCAUCCACAUAGGUUUGUGCAACAAAGUCAUACUAACUUGAGGCAUUCAGUAGAGGUAUGACCAAUUCAUACGAUUAGACUUUCGACGAUACAGCAUAUUUGCCAUAGAAACUUCCCUCCCGUGGGCCUGAAAGGUUGGAGUCUUUUUCAUUUGGGCUACUACUGAAUUCGGCCCGCAUUCUGAGCCCAUAUCUGCUGACGGAGCCCGAGCUCGCUUCCAGUCCCCGCCAGAAGAACUGACCCGAGUCUCCGCCGCAACUUCUCCUUUCCUUUCCCUUCCCCUCCUCCGGUUCCGUUUUCUUCUGCUCAACGCCGAUCAUCCAGUGACUCAGGGGCGGCAAAUGGCGACGGACAACGCAGCUAGCAAGGGGAAGAAGCGAAAGCAGUAUCUUCCACACAACAAACCGGUUAAGAAGAAAGGUCCUUACCCGUUACAUCCAGGAGUAGAAGGCUUCUUCAUUACCUGCGAUGGAGGCAGAGAGCGCCAAGCUGCUUUCGAGGCUAUGAACGUUAUCGAAACUUUCUAUGAAGAGCUAGUAGAUGGAAAAGGUGGCAAUGUGAAGCUCUCCGAGCAGCCAAGUAAACCACAGAACAAAAAGAUCAAGUUCACAUACUCGGACGAUGAAGAAGAGGAAGUGGGAGAGGAUGAUAAAGCUGAGGAAGAGGUAGAGGAUGAUAAAGCUGGGGAAGUGGAUGGGAAGAAGGACAAUGGGGACGUUGUGAAAGCUGAAGAUAACUCUUCAGGAAAUGGCACUAAGAUUGAGACUAAAACGGCUGAAGGGGCGAGUGUUCCAUCUGUGGGUACUGAGUGUAGUAACAACGAUCAAUCAGAAGAGAAGACCAGUAAUGAAGGAGAAGUAACCAAAGAGCCUGCUGCGGAGCCACCAGUGAAAAAGCAGUGCAUUGAAACCAAUGAUUCAAAAGGUGCUGCUGUGGCCAAAGUGGAGGAGAAAUCUAUUGACAAGCUUAUAGCUGAAGAGCUGAAAGAACUCGGGGACAAUAGUAAGAGACUUCUUGUCAAUCUCGAUUCUGGCUGCAAUGGUGUUGUUUUUGUUCAAAUGCGCAAGAGAGAUGGAGGCCCUUCUCCGAAGGAUGUUGCACAGCACAUGAUGACAACUUUGGCAUCAACGAAGAAACACGUGUCAAGGUUUCUCUUAAGAAUGUUGCCAGUUGAGGCAUCCUGCUAUCCUUCAGACGAGGAAAUUUCGAGGGCAAUCGCACCACUUGUCGCGAAGCACUUCCCUGUGGAUGCUCCAGAACCACAUAAAUUUGCCGUCAUGUACGAAGCGAGAGCAAACAGUGGAAUCGACAGGGCAAAGAUCAUAAAUGCAGUGGCGAAGGCCGUUCCUGAGCCUCAUAAAGUUGAUCUCAGCAAUCCUAACAAGACAAUCAUUGUCGAAAUCGUGAAGACAGUUUGCUUGAUUGGAGUUGUAGAGAAGUACAAGGAGUUGUCCAAGUACAACAUCAGGCAGCUCACCUCUUCCCCACCAAAGCAGUAGAGACCGCCAUACAUGUUCAAGAGUCAAGUUUUCAGAUACAUUCUCUUAGUUAUUUAUGUAAAACAGGUGGAGAAUUAAUAUUCUGCAUCAAUGAAUUUCCUGGAGUUGA